AUGCGCUGUCUGGACGUUAUCCGCGCUGCCUUUGUCAGAAUGCGCGAUACGGGGUCAACGGAGCGGGACGAGCGGGCAGAGGCGUGUUCUGGGCACAUUCGCCAGGGGAUUGCGUGCACGGCCGACAUCACACUCAAGCCCGCCAAGGUCAAGUGCAGCAAAGACGAGGAAACGGGAAAGUUGUUUUGUCCGGUCAUCUCGGCGGUGGCAACGGGAAACAGGGUGGACGAUCGCUGUCGAGACUGGAGCCAAGCCCGAGAGUUUGUCGGGGAGAACCAGAAAUCCUGGGUGUAA